CUUUUUCCCACCAGCUUCGUUUAUUUACUUUAGUUGAUUCAUCUGAUCGCUGCCAGUGUCACUUCAGUUUAUUCCACUUCCUGUUAAAAAGUAAAGGUUUUUUUUAAAUCAUCAUCAUAUGGAUUUAACUUCAUGGUUUCAUUUUUUGUUAUCCAAGUUUUACUGGUGAUUCCUAACUGGUGUGAUCAUAAACCUGCUGUGUGCUUUUGCCUGCUUCCUGUGAGCUGAACACAGGCAGUAAUAAGCACUCAGAUGUCCUCUGUGCUGGAAAAGAGAAACGUCCUCGUGAGGAUUUUCCUCCCCUCUUUGGCUCAGUCUGGUCUCACAGCAUCGUGUUUGGUGCUCAGUGUGAGCAGUGGCUGUGGACCGUGUGUGGGGUCCUGCUGCUGUAACAUUGUGCUGUUUGCAGGUCUGUACGGUCUUCCAAAGAGGAACGGGAAACUCAAAGACAUCAGCCACUUCGACGCAGCCUUUUUUGGAGUCCAUCCCAAACAGGCCAACAGCAUGGACCCGCAGCUGCGCCUCAUGCUGGAGAUCGCUUACGAGGCUAUUGUAGAUGGAGGACUGAAUCCAGCCACGCUGCGCGGCAGCAAAACAGGCGUGUACAUCGGUGUGAGCGGCUCCGAGGCGGGCGAAGCAUUCAGCAGAGAUCCAGAGGAGCUCCUGGGCUACAGCAUGACGGGCUGCCAGCGCGGCAUGUUGGCCAAUAGACUGUCCUACUUCUUCGACUUCAGCGGCCCCAGCACUGCCAUAGACACGGCGUGCUCCUCCAGCCUGCUGGCUCUAGAAAACGCCUUCCACGCCAUCCGACAGGGCCACUGUGACGCUGCUUUAGUUGGGGGAGUGAACCUGCUUCUCAAGCCGAACACUUCAGUGCAGUUCAUGAAGCUGGGCAUGCUCAGUCCAGAGGGGACCUGCAAGUCAUUUGAUGCUUCAGGAAAUGGAUACUGCCGCUCGGAGGCAGCGGUGGCAGUGCUGCUGACUAAACGACCGGCGGCUAGAAGAGUGUAUGCCACAGUGAUCAACGCAGGCAACAACACAGACGGAUACAAAGAGCAAGGGGUGACGUUUCCGUCUGGUGAGAUGCAGCAGAGGCUGGUUCGUUCACUCUACCAGGAGGCCAGCGUGUCUCCAGAGCAGGUGGAGUACAUCGAAGCCCACGGCACCGGGACAAAGGUCGGCGACCCGCAGGAAGUGAAUGGCAUCGUCAGCGUUUUCUGCGAGUCAAAGCGAGAGCCUCUGCUGAUUGGCUCCACCAAGUCCAACAUGGGUCAUCCAGAGCCGGCCUCUGGGCUGGCUGCCCUGGCAAAGGUGCUGCUCUCUCUGGAGCGAGGAGUCUGGGCCCCCAACCUGCACUUCCUCCAUCCUAACCCUGACAUCCCCGCCCUCACCGACGGUCGGGUUCGCGUCGUCGAUCGGCCUGUUCCCGUCCGAGGAGGCAUCGUAGGGAUCAACUCCUUUGGAUUCGGAGGUUCCAACGUUCACGUCAUCCUUCGUCCGGCUGAGAAAACGGCCGCCUCGGCUUCACCCGGGAAGCUUCCCAGAAUGCUUCAGGCCUGCGGGCGCACAGAGACGACGGUGAGCUCCGUCCUGCAGAAGGGGAAGGAACACGCUGCGGACAACGCCUUCCUGUCUCUGCUGAACGAAGUGUCAGGAGCGCCCGCCGCCAGCAUGCCCUACAGAGGUUUUGCUCUGAUUGGCUCUCAGAGCGACGUCAUGGAAGUGCAGCAGGUGCCGGGCGCCGCCAGGCCUCUGUGGUACGUUUGUUCAGGUAUGGGGACGCAGUGGGCCGGGAUGGGCCGCAGUCUCAUGCAGCUGCCAGACUUCAGAGACUCCAUUCUGCGGUCCGAUGCGGCGCUGAAGGAGACGGGGCUGGUGGUGUCUCGUCUGCUCAUGGAGGCUCAGGAGGACACGUUCGAAGACACCGUUCACGCCUUCGUUGGCCUGGCUGCAGUACAGAUCGCUCAGAUCGAUCUGCUCACCAAGCUGGGUCUGCAGCCCGAUGGCAUCGUGGGGCACUCGGUGGGAGAGCUAGCCUGUGGCUAUGCUGACCGCUCCCUGAGUCACAGCGAGGCCCUCCUGGCUGCGUACUGGAGAGGCCGCUGCAUCAAGGAGGCCAGCCUUCCUCCAGGAGGCAUGGCUGCAGUGGGGCUGACCUGGGAGGAGUGCAUCGCUCAGUGUCCUCAGGGGGUGGUUCCAGCCUGCCACAACGCUGAGGACACGGUCACCAUCUCCGGCCCUCAGGAAGCAGUCAGUGCCUUUGUGUCCGAGCUCAAACAACAAGGAGUGUUUGCAAAGGAAGUGCGCAGUGCCGGGGUGGCGUUUCACUCCUACUACAUGGCCUCCAUCGCUCCAGCCCUGCUCGCAGCUCUGAAGAAGGUGAUCAAAGAGCCAAAGAAGCGUUCGGCGCGCUGGGUGAGCACCAGCAUCCCUCAGUCUGAGUGGGACUCUGCUUUGGCUCUGCACAGCUCGGCUGAAUACCAUGUCAACAACCUCGUGAGCCCCGUGCUGUUCCAGGAGGGCCUGAGCCUGGUGCCCGAAAACGCCGUGGUGCUGGAAAUAGCUCCGCAUGCUCUGCUGCAGGCCAUCCUGAAGCGCAGCCUGAAGCCCACGUGUUCAGUCGUCCCCCUGAUGAAGAGAGGUCACACCAACAACCUCGAGUUUUUCCUCUCGAACGUCGGGAGGAUCUUCAUGAACGGCAUCAACGUGGACGCCAACGCCCUGUGCCCCGCUGUGACCUACCCUGUGCCAGUUGGUACUCCAAUGAUCUCGCCCUUGGUGCAGUGGGACCACACCCAGACGUGGGAUAUCCCUAAAGCGGAACACUUCCUGUCGGGCUCGGGAGGCUCUGGUUCUGCGGCGGUGUAUAACAUUGACGUCAGCCCAGAGUCUGCAGACCACUAUCUCAUUGGACACAGCAUCGAUGGGCGUGUCCUCUACCCGGCAACUGGUUACCUGGUGCUGGCCUGGCGCACCUUGGUGAGGAGUCUAGGGGUUGUCAUGGAAACGACGCCCGUAACCUUUGAGGAUGUGACUAUCCACAGUGCCACCAUCCUGUCAAACGCCAGUGCGGUCCAGUUGGAGGUGCGUCUCAUGCCCGCCACCAGCAGGUUCGAGGUUUCGGAGAACGGGAGCCUGACUGUCAGCGGUAAGGUGAGCAUCCUGGAGGAUUCGGCACUCGAUUCAUUCAACGGUGAGAUCAGCCGGGAAGCUGCCGACAGGAGAGACGCCUCGAUGAAGCUUAACGCACACGAGAUCUACAAGGAGCUCAGACUGCGAGGCUACGACUAUGGAAAAACCUUUCAGGGCAUCUUGGAGUCAAACACAGCAGGAGACCGUGGGAAGCUGGAAUGGACAGGAAACUGGGUGACGUUUCUGGACACCAUGUUGCAGAUGAUCGUCUUGGGGCUGCCGGGUGGAGGUUUGCGUUUGCCGACCAGAAUCCGCUCCGUGUGCGUCCAUCCUGCUGCACACCUGGAAAAAGUCAGCGAGCACGCUGAAGGAAAGCAAGCGGUUGAUGUCCACGUAAGCCGUUACCUUGACAACAUCACUGCUGGUGGAGUCCAGAUCUGUGGCCUGCACGCCACAGUAGCCCCUCGCCGGCAGCAGCUGCAGAGCCCGCCCACACUGGAGGAGUUCCUGUUUGUUCCUGAUGUGGAGACGGACUGCCUUACAGCCAAUGGGAAGCUGGCAGAGCAGCUGAGGCUUUGCAAAGUUUUGAUCCACACACUGCAGCAGAAGAUGGCCCCUCAUGGUGUCAAGCUCUCCAUCCCGGGGUUACAGGGGGGGUCUGAUGCACCUCCUCCCAGCGGUGAGCCUUCUGAGCCCAGCCUGCUGCGGCUGCUAACCCUGCUCUGUGGCCUCGAGUUCAAUGGGAACCUCCACUCUGAGCUGGAGCAGGUGGUGCAGAAGGAGCGGCUGUGCCUGCUUAAAGACGACCUGCUCUAGGGUCUGCUGGUCGACGACGCCCUGAGACAUUGCCUCGACAUCACGGUGGAAAACAGCACACCUGGCAGGAUCAAAGUGUUGGAGGCUCUCUCAGAUGACGGCCAGCUCUUCUGUCGCGCCGUGCCCCUGCUCAACAUCCAGCCCAUGCUCCGUGUGGACUACACUGCGACUGCGGCCAGUCUGGAGCUUCUGGCCCCCCACCAGGCUCCCCUGGAGGAGCUCGGUGUCGCUGCGGCUCAGUGGGAUCCUCUGACCAGCCCAGCUGCUGGAGACGUUGCUGUGGGGGCGGACCUGGUGCUGUGUAACCAUGCAUGGGGUCCAGUGAAGACAGAGCCCAGGCUGCUGGUAGCAAAUCUGGCAUCUGGAGCCAAAGAAAGUGGGUUUGUUCUCCUCCACACGCUGCUGAAGGGGGAGACUGUGGGGGAGGCUGUGGCCUUCCUGUCCAGCACUGCUCAGAGCAGCAGCCAGCAGGGACUCCUCACACAGGCUGAGUGGGAGGAAGUGCUCUCAGAGGCUUCUCUUAACCUGGUGGCUGUCAGGAAGUCUUUCUACGGCUCCGCCCUCUUUCUGUGUCGCCGUCAGUCUGUGAGUAAACAGCCGGUUUUCCUGCCUGUGGACAGCAAAGACUAUCAGUGGGUGGAAACGCUCAAGCAGGAAGUGAUGUCAGAGUCCUCAGACCAUCCAGUGUGGCUGACUGCUUCUCAGGCAGAGUGUGGGAUUGUGGGAAUGGUCAACUGUUUACGGCAAGAGCCUGGUGGCAACCGGAUACGCUGUGUGUUUGUGUCCAAUCUAAACGAGUCUUCAGCAGCACCAGACCUCCAGCAGGACCACCAGUCCAUCCAGUCAGUACUGCAGAAGGAUCUGGUCAUGAACGUGUUCAGGGAUGGACGCUGGGGCACCUUCAGACACCAGCUCAUCACUCAUGAUGUAAAUGAAGCGCCGACCGAAACCGCUUACGUCAACGUGCUGACACGCGGUGACCUGUCGUCUCUGCGCUGGAUCGCGUCCCCGCUUCGCCACUUUGUGAGCAGCAGCCCUGCUGUGCAGCUGUGCCAAGUCUACUACAGCUCGCUCAACUUCAAAGACAUCAUGCUGGCUACUGGCAAGCUGCCGCCCGACGCCAUCCCAGGGGACCAGGCUUUAAAGCAGUGCAUGCUGGGUAUGGAGUUUUCUGGUCGCGACCCCAGCGGGCGUCGUGUGAUGGGGCUGUUGCCUGCCAAAGGCCUGGCAACGGUCGUGGACGCUGACAGAAGGUUCCUCUGGGAGGUUCCCCACAGCUGGACACUGGAGCAAGCAGCUUCUGUGCCAGUGGUUUAUGCCACAGCAUAUUACUCCCUGGUAGUGCGUGGCAGAUUACGCCCUGGAGAGACUGUGCUCAUCCACUCGGGGUCAGGAGGCGUGGGCCAGGCUGCCAUCGCCAUAGCGCUCAGUAAGAAGUGCAGAGUGUUCACUACAGUCGGCUCAAUGGAGAAGCGGACGUACCUGCAGAAGAGAUUCCCUCAGCUAUCAGCAGAGGCUUUCACCAACUCCAGAGAUACUUCCUUUGAAUGGCACAUUCUGCUCCACACACAAGGCAAAGGCGUGGAUGUGGUGCUGAAUUCUCUGGCCGAGGAGAAGCUGCAGGCCAGUGUUCGCUGCCUCGCUCGACACGGACGAUUCCUGGAGAUCGGCAAAUAUGACCUUUCCAACAACACUCCUCUGGGCAUGGCGUUAUUCCUUAAGAAUGUGGCUUUCCAUGGUAUCCUGCUGGAUGCUCUCUUUGAAGAGGGCAACCAAGAGUGGGAGGAGGUGUCCCAGUGUUUGCAGCAGGGCAUUGUGGGAGGAGUAGUUCAGCCUCUGAGAACCACAGUGUUCGAUAAGGACCAAGUGGAACAAGCAUUCAGAUACAUGGCUCAGGGCAAGCACAUCGGCAAGGUCCUGGUUCAGGUCCGUUGUGAGGAGCAGGGAGCAGCUGUACAGGCUGCUUCUGCUCUGUCUCUGCCAGCUAUCUGUCGCACCUUCUGCCACUCGUCCCACUCCUACAUUAUAACUGGGGGGCUCGGGGGGUUUGGUUUGGAGCUUGCUCAGUGGCUGGUGGAGAGGGGAGCCCACAAACUGGUGCUGACUUCUAGAUCAGGCGUGAGAAACGGUUACCAGGCGAAGCGGGUGCAGGAGUGGCAGAAUCAGGGUGUGGAGGUGUUUGUGUCCACCAGUGAUGUCGGCACACUGAAAGGAACAGAGCAACUGAUUGCUGAGGCCUGUGGCAUGGGUGCAGUGGGUGGUGUCUUUCACCUAGCCAUGGUGUUGAAAGACGGUAUGUUGGAGAAUUUAACUCCUCAGCUUUAUCUCGAAGUUAACAAACCUAAAAAUGACGGCACCAUCAACCUGGACAGAGUAACAAGGAAACUGUGUCCAGAGCUCAGACACUUUGUGGCCUUCUCUUCAGUCAGCUGUGGCCGUGGCAACGCUGGCCAAAGUAAUUAUGGCUACGCCAACUCUGCGAUGGAGCGCGUGUGUGAGAAGCGCCACUAUGAUGGCCUGCCUGGACUUGCAGUCCAGUGGGGUGCCAUUGGUGAUGUUGGGGUGGUUCUAGAGACCAUGGGUGGGAAUGACGUUGUGAUCGGUGGCACCCUCCCGCAGCGCAUGGCCUCCUGUCUGGAAGUGCUGGACUUCUUCCUGUGCCAGCAGCACCCAGUGGUGUCCAGCUUUGUGCUGGCGGAGAGGACGGUCGUAAAGAGUGAAGCAGGAAACCGGAAAGACUUGGUGGACGCUGUAGCUCACAUUCUAGGUGUGCGGGAUGUCAGCAGUCUGAAUGCUGACACCUCAUUGGCUGAUUUGGGUCUGGACUCUUUGAUGGGCGUUGAGGUUCGCCAGACUCUGGAACGCGACUAUGACAUCGUCAUGGCCAUGAGGGAUAUCCGCCAGCUCACCAUUAACAAGUUGCGAGAGCUGGCCAAUAGCAAGCCAGAAGGACAAAGCGCUAAGAAGGACGGCGUUCGCUCUGUGUUAGAGUCUGAUCUGACCAAGCUGAUGGUCAGCCCCAGCAGCCCUACUGUGAUGUCACUGAACAAGGUGAAGAGCCAGGACGGGCCGCUGUUCCUGGUACAUCCCAUCGAGGGCUCCAUCGCAGCCUUUAAGACGCUUGCUUCUAAGCUCAGCGUGCCUUGCUACGGCUUGCAGUGCACCAAAGCUGCUCCUCUGGAUAGCAUUGAGUCCCUGGCUGCCUACUACGUGAGCUGCAUCAGGCAGGUGCAGCCGGACGGCCCGUACAGAGUCGCUGGAUAUUCUUUUGGUGCCUGUGUAGCAUUUGAAAUGUGCUCUCAGCUGCAGACCCAGAAUCAGCCUGUGGAGUUCCUGUUUCUCUUUGAUGGCUCACAUUCAUAUGUGGCGGCGUACACACAGAGCUACAGAGCCAAGCUAACACCCGGCAACGAGUCUGAGGCUGAGACUGAAGCCUUGUGUGCCUUCAUCCAGCAGUUCACUGGCAUUGAAUACAACAAGCUUUUGGAGACUCUGCUCCCGCUGUCAGACCUGAAUGCACGCGUCAGUGUGGCCGUGGACCUAAUCACCUCCGCUCACAAGGACAUCGACCGAGACUCACUGCACUUUGCAGCCUCCGCCUUCUACUACAAGCUAAAGGCUGCUGAUGCAUAUGUACCUACUGCAAAAUACCACGGCAGCGUGAAGCUGCUGCGCGCCGAAACCAGCAGCGAAUAUGAGCAAAACCUGGGAGCUGACUAUAAGCUCAGCGAGGUCUGUGAUGGCGAGGUGUCAGUCCACGUCAUCGAGGGAGAUCACCGCACUUUCCUAGAAGGCGCAGGGGCGGAGUCUAUCAAGAACAUCAUUCAUAACUCGCUGGCUGAGCGAGCUGUCAAACCAAGGGAGGGUUAAACAUCCACCGUCUCUUCACCCUUCCCCAAACUAGACUGUAAAUGUGCCGUUAUAGGAAGUCUUUGCACUGCUUAUGUUUACAUGCUACUGUUAUCCUAAUAUCCCAAAUGGUAAUGGUUAGUGAACCAAUCAACAUCUCACAGCUCCAUCGAUUCCAACUGCAAGUUUUGUUUUUUGUUGCCAUAUGUUGUUGUUUGCAGAAGUUCAUCCCACAACAAAAUAACGUGGUUAAAAAAAUGAAUGUAACAAAGUAACAAACACUGACACAUUGAAUCCUGAAUUACAUAACAUCACUUAAAUUGGUGUUUCUGCUCAUGCAGACAUCAGUAGACAGACAAACGCGCUGCGACCAGCCUGAUGAGCGACUGUGGAGGGCUGACCUUGCAGCCGUGUUUCUGCACACUAACUACUCGUAACACCAGUUGGAGGCAUUUCUUUAUUUUGUGACAUUUGUUUACUUUUCAGUCAUGUGACCACACAGUCAUCAGUUACUGUGGCAACCAGCAAAUGUUUACGUUGUCAGUAAGUUAACAACAAAUUAAGUGUUUCAUAAACUGUGUUUUAACAAUGACACUCGUGUUACUGUAAUUUACAGACCAGUUAUUUCACUAAUUCAGAAGAAAAACUGCUUCUCUUCAUGAUGGACUGUAUCAAACACACGCUGUUGUUCUGACAGACGCCUGUGACAGAGGCGUCGCUAAGGACCAAAUGUGUCUCUUCAGAGGUUAAUCAGAGAUGUGAAUGAUCACUGUAACAGUGAGAUCAUAUUUACUGAUGUAACCUCUGAGAAACUGUUUCCUUUUAAAGGCUUUGGUCCAGAGAUCUAAAACCUCAGCAAAUAAUCCAAACCUGAGUACAACAGCUGGCCUGAGACCUGUGAUUGGGUCAGUGAAGGAAGCUGCUGAUUGGAGAUGAAUGUGCUGAGGAGUCACAGUACGAUGGACGUGACAAUAAAGGCCUCUGUGUUUUAUUGUAAUAUUUCUGUUAUGUUUUGUAGGACUAAUAAAGGCCUCAACAGUC